GACGCAAGAUGGCAGCCACCACGGGCUCGGGAGUAAAAGUCCCUCGCAAUUUCCGACUGUUGGAAGAACUCAAAGAAGGCCAGAAAGGAGUAGGAGACCGCACAGUUAGCUGGGGUCUAGAAGAUGACGAAGACAUGACACUUACAAAAUGGACAGGGAUGAUAAUUGGGCCUCCAAGAACAAUUUAUGAAAACCGAAUAUACAGCCUUAAAAUAGAAUGUGGAUCUAAAUACCCAGAAGCACCCCCCUUUGUAAGAUUUGUAACAAAAAUUAAUAUGAAUGGAGUUAAUAGUUCUAAUGGAGUGGUGGACCCAAGAGCCAUAUCAGUGCUAGCAAAAAGGCAGAACUCAUAUAGCAUCAAAGUUGUCCUGCAAGAGCUUCGGUGCCUAAUGAUGUCUAAAGAAAAUAUGAAACUUCCUCAGCCGCCUGAAGGAGUGUUACAGCAAUUAAUCAAAAAGGAAAACCACAGGCCCUUCCCUUCCUCACCAUUCGAUUUAAGCAGUCUUCAUUUUCCACAGUAGUAAAUUUUCUAGAUACGUCUUGUAGACCUCAAAGUACUGGAAAGGAAGCUCCCAUUCAAAGGAAAUUUAUCUUAAGAUACUGUAAA